AUGUUAACGUUCCCGCGUAUUAUUUCAAAAGAUUUCUGUGCUAAAAGGUUGCAAGGCGUUAUCAGAGCUAAAAGUUCACUCAGAAACUUAGAUAGCAAUGAAGCUCAGUCAAAAACGGCUGUGCAUCAGCCAGAUGCCCAAGCCACUACUAUGUGUGAUGGGUACGAAUUCUCCCGACUAUUAAUGGACUGGAAAUCUACAGUUGGUGAAGGUUAUAAGGCCACUUGGUUAAACGCUUUGGAAGAGCGUAAGAAACAGGCGGCAAAUGGUAAUAUCAUUGAUUCUUAUCUGUACAAGAAUGUUAAACACAAUGAAAUUGUUUCAAAGAACCAGAGACAGUCGUUCUCUUACUUAAAGCUUCCUUUUAAGGAUGAUCCUAUUACUGCAGACUUCUACUGUAAUGCAGCUGGGCGGAUGCGUAUGGGUCAAAUUUUCCAGGAUUUGGAUGCUUUGGCAGGAAGAAUUGCAUACCGUCAUGUUUUUCCUGCAGAGCCUAUCAUCGUUACAGCUUCUGUUGAUCGUAUUUACAUGUUGAAGAAUUUGGAAAGUAUCAAAGAUUUCAAUUUGGUGUUGUCAGGGGCAGUUGUGUGGUCAGGACGCUCCUCCAUGGAAAUUGAAAUCAAGGCACACGCCCUUAAUGGUAAGAUCCCUGAUACAGUUACACAAGAAAAUCUCCAGGACAAAGACUUAAUUUUGUCGGCUUGGUUCACAUUUGUUGCGAAAGAUCCUGAAACUCGCAAGUCGUUCAUGAUUAAUAAGUUGAUUCCUUCCACCAAUAAGGAGCUGGUUGACUUCAGUUAUGCUGAUAAUCGUAAUUCAAGAAAGAGGUUAAGAGCAUCAAAAGCUAAUUUGUAUCUCCACUCCCCAUACCCAAGUGAGUCCAAUAUGAUGCACAGAAUUUGGACCGCCUCAAAUGAAAUUGCAGCAAUGAAACCAAAACCUAAGAACAUCGUUUUCAUGAAAGACACUAACAUGAAGUCUACCAUGUUUAUGCAGCCACAAUACAGAAACAGGCAUUCCUACAUGAUCUUCGGUGGUUAUUUGAUGAGACAAACAUUCGAGUUAGCAUACUGUGCUGCAUCAUCUGCUUCUCAUACUUUACCACGUUUCCUCUGUUUGGACCAAACCACUUUCUGCGCUCCAGUUCCUGUGGGCUCGAUCUUGCAUAUGGAUGCUAAAGUUGUGUACACUGAGGAUGUAAGACCUAAGGAUGUAUCCGAGACUUCACCAAGUAAAGUUGAGCAUAAAACUGAGGCAGAAAAGAACACUUUCGCUAACUUGCAAGCACCACCAUUUAACACUGUAUCCGAGGACCCAUCUUCCAUCCUUUCAAGCCCAGGUACUUUGAUCCAGGUUAAGGUUAGCACUCAAGUCCAAGAGUUGGCUUCUGAGAAGAAGACGCAGUCAGGUACAUUUGUUUUCUCAUUCUUUGCAGUUAAGGAUUCUGUUAACCCAAGCGAUCCUGUUAACAAGAAUGUUGCAGACUCUUUCACUGUUGUUCCAGAAACUUAUUCAGAAAUGAUUGAGUAUCUCGACGGCAGAAGACGUACGGAGGACACAGUUUACCAUACUGAUGUGUUCAAGGGAAUGAAGAACACUUAA